CCGCGAAUUCAUAAUUUCGAGGGACGUCGUCGACGUCAAGGAUUGACAAUUCGUAUCUUCGAAAGGCCAAAGUCAACCAUAUCAACCGAGCAACAGCUUGAGAACGCACAUCCGUGAUCGCUACCAAUUACAAUGUCUGACGUUGAUUACAUCAAGAGCAAGCUGGGUGUCUACCCUGGGUUCCCCAAGGAGGGAAUCACCUUCCUGGACAUCUUCCCCAUCCUCCGGGACCCCAUCGCGACCGAAGCCCUCAUGACCCAUUUUAUGAACCACCUCUUCACCAAGACCUUGCCCCAGAACGGAAACAAGGUCGACGUCAUCGUCGGUCUCGACGCUCGUGGAUUUCUCCUCGGACCUCUGAUCGCCGCCAGAUUGGGUGCCGCCUUUGUGCCCGUCAGGAAGAGGGGCAAGCUGCCGGGACAGUGCCAUGUGGCCAGCUACGAGAAGGAGUAUGGUGUUGAUGAGUUCGAGAUCCAAGCCGAUGCCAUCAAGCCGGGUCAGACCGUUGUUGUUGUCGACGACCUGAUCGCAACCGGUGGAUCUGCCGCCGCCGCCGGAGAGCUCAUCUCCAAAUGCGGAGGAAAGACUUUGGAGUACCUCUUCAUCGUCGGGCUCGGAUUCUUGAACGGAGACAAGCAGUUGGACGCACCUUCGUACUGGAUCGUCGAGGGAGAGGAUUAAACGGAACCUUGCCAACUUCUUGCGCUUUUCGAGGUUGCCAGUAUGGUCUAGGAAGUGUACUUGUACAGGAUUCCCGGAUGACGAAAUGAUUAUAGAGCAUGCACAGUCCGAACAGGACGUCCGAGUGACGACCUACAGUACUGCUCGCCCUGGCAUCUCCCCUCGCGAAAGCUGCCGAGUCAAUGGAGAAGAACUGUGAUUUCCUGAGCUCGACAGUGAAAACAGCUACAUGGCUUGUAUGUAUAUGGAAUGACUUGAAUAAGGGCCAACCCGGGUCACACUCGAGGAUCAAGAGCAUCCUUCACUUUGACGUACAAAUCAGCUUGAUCGGAUCGCACUGAUCACGUCUGUAGGAGCGAUACUCAAUGAUGUACAGGUGCAGAUGGAUAACGAGGAG